AUGGAGAUGAAGAACAUCUGGAGCCCGAGCCGCACAUCUGGUGGCGAAGCCGGCCUGCGCGGCUCCCGGCCCCCCCCGCCCCGCCACUUCCUGUCCGGGAGCACCCCCACCCGCCCCGGCUCCUCAACACAAACUUUCCGUCCCGCUCGCUCCCUCCUCCGCGCCCGGCGCCUCUCGCUCCAGCCCGGCUCAUUCCGCACAUUCCGGCCAGUCCCCUCCCCACGACCCCCCUUUCCCGGCCCCCCUCUCAGCUCCCCCGGGCCCGGCACGGCGGCCCGGCCGGAGCGCCCCCCGGAGCUCGGACCAGGCUCAGGCUGCCCAGUGGGCUCAGGCCCGGAGCCCAGAGCAACCAGCACAAUAGCGUCCAACAGCUGGAACGCCAGCAGCAGCCCCGGGGAGGCCCGGGAGGAUGGGCCCGAGGGCCUGGACAAGGGGCUGGACAACGAUGCAGAGGGCGUGUGGAGCCCGGACAUCGAGCAGAGCUUCCAGGAGGCCCUGGCCAUCUACCCGCCCUGUGGCCGCCGCAAGAUCAUCCUGUCGGACGAGGGCAAGAUGUACGGCCGAAAUGAGUUGAUCGCACGAUAUAUUAAAUUGAGGACGGGGAAGACUCGGACGAGAAAACAGGUGUCCAGCCACAUACAGGUUCUAGCUCGGAAGAAGGUGCGGGAGUACCAGGUUGGCAUCAAGGCCAUGAACCUGGACCAGGUGUCCAAGGACAAAGCCCUCCAGAGCAUGGCGUCCAUGUCCUCUGCCCAGAUCGUCUCUGCCAGCGUCCUACAGAACAAGUUCAGCCCACCCUCCCCUCUGCCCCAGGCCGUCUUCUCCACCUCCUCACGGUUCUGGAGCAGCCCCCCUCUCCUGGGACAGCAGCCUGGACCCUCUCAGGACAUCAAGCCCUUUGCACAGCCAGCUUACCCCAUCCAGCCGCCCCUGCCGCCAGCACUCAGCAGUUACGAGCCCCUGGCCCCGCUCCCCUCAGCUGCCGCCUCUGCGCCUGUGUGGCAGGACCGCACCAUCGCCUCCUCCCGGCUGCGCCUCCUCGAGUAUUCCGCCUUCAUGGAGGUGCAGCGAGACCCUGACACGUACAGCAAACACCUCUUUGUGCACAUCGGCCAGACGAACCCCGCCUUCUCAGACCCGCCCCUCGAGGCAGUUGACGUACGGCAGAUCUAUGACAAGUUCCCAGAGAAAAAGGGUGGACUGAAGGAGCUCUAUGAGAAGGGGCCCCCUAAUGCCUUCUUCCUGGUCAAGUUCUGGGCUGACCUCAACAGCACCAUCCAAGAGGGCCCCGGAGCCUUCUAUGGGGUCAGCUCCCAGUACAGCUCGGCGGAUAGCAUGACCAUCAGUGUCUCCACCAAGGUGUGCUCCUUUGGCAAGCAGGUGGUGGAGAAGGUGGAGACCGAGUACGCCAGGCUGGAGAACGGGCGCUUCGUGUACCGCAUCCACCGCUCCCCCAUGUGCGAGUACAUGAUCAACUUCAUCCACAAGCUGAAGCACCUGCCCGAGAAGUACAUGAUGAACAGUGUCCUGGAGAACUUCACCAUCCUGCAGGUGGUUACAAGCCGGGACUCCCAGGAGACCCUACUCGUCAUCGCUUUCGUCUUCGAAGUCUCCACCAGUGAGCAUGGGGCCCAGCACCACGUCUACAAGCUGGUCAAAGACUAGGGCGCCCUCUGCCCCACCAGGAUCCAGGAUGAGCAUCUUUUCCACACGCCUGCCUGGCGCCCCCAGGGGGUCCAGGAUGGAGGACUCAUCUGCCUGCCAGGCCUCAGGCCCAGGACCCAGGAGGCCUCCCCACCUACCCCCAGCACACACACUCCCUGCCACUGUUCUGCGCUUUAUUUGUGGGAGAGGAGAGGAGGCCUCGGCGGUGGGGUAGCCUGCCUGGGGCAAGGAAGCAGCCCCACCCAGCUCUGCCCAGCCAUGACCAGAUGGGAGGACACCUUCUGGUUCUGAAGUGUGUGGCCACUGGCCCCCCCAGGGGUGUGCCGGGUGGGUGAAGGUAGAAUGGAAACUGAGGGAGUCCGAAUUCAGAGACUCCCCAGAAGAAAAGUUCAAGUUGAGGUUGAGUUGAGGAGAGGGGCCCACACUUCCUUUGCACCUACUGUGUGCCAGGCCUGGUGCCAGGCCCCUGCGUGACUCUUGCCACCCUCAGAUCCUACAAAGCAAGUGUGGGUCUUGGUGUCUCAAGACCCUUGGUGUCUCAAGAUGAGGUGCUGGAGCUCCAAGAAGUUGAGGGACCCACGGGAGGGCUGGGUGAAGCUGGAGUGCUCACUCAGGGCCCAGGGCCCAUGUUUUCUCGAAUUUCCUGGAGUGAGGGCUGGCCGCAGCGGGAGAGAGUCCGCUGUGAGGGCAGAAGCAAAGACAACCAUGAUGCAGUGAAGAGCAGAGCUUUCCUGGGGCCAGCUGGCUGGGGACCCCGACACCGGGGAGUAGCUGUUUCUACCAGGCAGGAAAGCGGGUAGCAGGUACUCAGUACCUGGUAGGUGCCCUCUGUCUGCCUGCAGUCCAGAGACCCUCAGGAGAGACCCUCAGAGAGACCCUCAGGAGCCCCCUCCAAACUGCCCAGAUUGGGUGCCAAGCCACCCAGCCCCCUCCAGAUGGGAGAAGGCCCCGGGCAGACCCCGGCUCAGAAAUAGGCCGGAUGGCCAGGAGGGAGUCCGAGUCCCAGCCUGUGAGAACAGUGGCCCUCCUUGGUCUCCCUGGGCUGAAGCAGCAGCUCCCCGCACCCAGCUCUGGUGCUGAAGGUUAUCCUUCCCGACACCUAGGCCCUUCAACGGGCUCGGCCUGCCCCCCAGCCGCCUCUGGAUAUUUAUGAGUUUCAUAUGAAGUACUGUGCCCCCUCCUUUCCUUCCUCCCUUCCCUCCCGCCCCGCCUCACCCCUGAGCUUCCUGAAGGUCCUCACAGUUUGCAUAUCGCUCAGGCCACCUCCAGUCCCGACCUAGGUUUUAUAAUGUAUAUUAUAUAUUUUUUGUGUAUUUUUUAAAUCCAGCUGUGAUGGGUUAUAUCAUAAAUGUGGCACGUGGCUGGGCGGGGGCCCCCAAGGCCCGGCUCCUGCUCAAGGGGAAAAAAAAUUAAAGUUAUUUGUUUGUGGGUCAUUUGUGCGCCAACUGUGUGUCAGACCUCCGGUCGGAGCAGCUGCAGGUAGACACUCAUUCUAGGUCCUGGUGUUUCACCCAAUCCCACUCUAUCUCUGCCAGGGGACCCCAAACCCUACCCACCCUCUAAAUAGGUAUGAUUCAAAGGACCUGUGAAAAUUUUGCCAACCCCAACCUUUAUCCCACCUCCUCUAGCUGUGAGUAGAGCCUUGAAUAUGCCCAGCACUGGCCUAGCCUCUUUUUUUAAAAAAGAUUUAUUUAUUUAUGCAUACAAGAGCUGGGGUACAGGUCAGAGGUGCAGGGGGUGAGAGGAUUCACCAUAGACAGAGUGGGGAACAGAACAGGCAGAUCUAUGGAAAUACAUUGCUGAGGGGAGCAAGUCAGGAGGGGUCUGUUGCACCAUGUGGGUAGCUCCCUGGCCAGCUAGGGAUGGAACUUGUGCUGCAGAUAGCUUCAAAGUGCUGAUCUUAACUCCUUGCGCCAUCAGGGAGGUCCUGGCCUAGCCUCUUUAUGCUGCAUUGUCUCUCUAAAUGAAAUGACUUACCCAUGGUCACCCAGCUGCCAAAUCCCCACCACACUCACAUGGAUGAGAGGCUCAUGGACACUGAGUGCUCUGCCAUGGGGGUGUCUAUCCAGGGGAAAUGAGGUUCCAACCUGCUCCCACCUGCCUGGAAAAGCCCUUUCCUGGCUGAGCCCACCCUACCCUUACCCCCUGCACUCACAAGGCAGGGGCCACAGAGUGAAGGCAGUGUCCUCAAGGGAGAUUGUCCCCAUGGAGGCUACUUCAGCCUUUUUUCCCUCAGUUGUGGAUGAAUUAACUGGACUUGUUCAGUAAUGGACUGAACAUUUGGGCCUAAAGAACUAUGACAACAGAACUGAGUUUAGAAUGUUAAGUGAGGGCCUCCCUGGUGGCACAAGGGGUUAAGACGCAACCUAUGAAUCUGUCCGUAGCCACUGCAGCGCAAGUUCGAUCCCCCGGCCAGCCAGGGAGCAACCCACAUGGCACAGCAGACCUCUCCUGUCUCGCU